AUGCCGGUACCAACAUACAAUUUCCCCUGCCUAGUCCAAUCCACAGCAGCAAAAACUUUCUACCUAAUCGGGUCCGUUCAAGAUGGACGACUGGACCUCUACUCUGUCGACUUAACAGAUAUCAACAACCCCGCUAGCCGACCCAUCACAUUCAAUACGGACGAUCUUUGGUCAGCCACUGCUGCAAAACUGUGCUUCAACUAUGCAGUGGUCGACAGCGCGGGUGUAGCAGCCAAGAAUGAUGGCUCAGUCACCAUCUAUACAAUCACCCCGGGAACGCCUACAGCCUUGACACUCAUCAGAGCUGCACCUUCCAGUAGCGUUCCAUUGUUCACAAACUCUAUGGUCGGCUCAGCAACGGCGUCCCAAAUCGUUAUCUAUUCUCUUCAGAAAGGUAACCCCGUCUUCAACAGCUUCGAUAGGACGACCCUGAUAUGGUCAGGACCAGGGUUGGCUCCUCAAUCACCACUCACACCUGGAGAUGGCAAUGGCGGCAAUGGUGACGGUGGCGCUGGAACUGACAGCGGAAACAGUUCGAGCGGAACAUCGAAUGCAGCGGUCAUCGGUGGUGCGGUCGCUGGAGUCUUGAUUCUCGUUCUCAUCGCAGCAUUUUUCAUCGUCCGCCGGAAACGUCAACGUCGUGGUCGUGGUCGGAUCAGUCAGAAGCACCACUUGGCUGGAGGACAAGGGCAAGGAGGAGGAAGUGGAGGAAGCAGUGACCUGGGAGCAGAAGAAAGGGAGGAGAACAAGCCCGUGUUGUCGGAUUACCAGCAUCAACAGAACCGAGUGUCGUUACAGAUGGCCGAGUCGUCGAGAGGGUCUAUCAUCACUCUCAAUUCUUCCUCUACCGCACCCCUCGUCUACGCACCCCAUCAAUCCUCAACUAGACCAAACGCCCACUUCCCCGGUCAGUCUCAGCCAACUUCAGCUCCACUCACAGUUCCCCAGCAACUACAGCUCCAGCAACAACAGAUCCAACAACAACAGCAACAACAACAACAGCAGCAAUCACGGCGUGGGGUUUCACAGGGAAUGGAGGUACUCUCACUCCCCGCCAUCCUUGAACAGCACCCCUUCGAGCAACAGUCAGAGGGAGACGAUGAGGAGCUGAGAAAGCUGGAGCAAGAGAGUCCCUUCGUCGCCCGACCUUACAGCAACGUCCCCGCUUUCUCAUACCCUACCGCCUACCAGGACCAACCUCGUCAUCAACACCUACCUGUCCGGACCACCGUCAUCAACCCUUACAGCGGCGCCAGUGUUGUCGACGACGAGGAGCAGGAGCCAUAUGUCCUCCCGGACCCCAUUAUUGUUGCGCCGACACCCGUACCUCACAAGGCUGAGCUCCUCGACUAA